AUGUUCAAAUAUUCAAUAAUAGAAAAUAAACAUUAGCUCACCUGUUCUAAAAAUCAUAAUUAACCUAUUUAAAUUGUAUUAUUAGAUGAACAAUUAACAAAUAAUUAGAGACUUUUAUGCAAUGAAUGUAUUAACAACUUUGAAGGGAAUGCCAAUAUAGUUGGGUUUCAAAAAAUCUUCUCAAUUAUAGAAAAUGAUUAAAAACAAAAAACCGAAAAUAUGGAAAACUUAAUAAUAUAAACAAAAUUAAAGCUAGAGGAUGUUAGAACAAAGCUCUAUAAUCUUAAAACAAAAAUCAAUUUUUAACUAGAUUAAUUAUAAGGUAUUGUAGAACAAUGGCAAAAUUGGUUAGAUUAAAUCUUGCCAAGCACUUUUACAUAUAGUUUCUUUGAAGAGUUAGAAAAUCUAAUUAAAAAAAAAAUAUCAAUAUCUAAAGAACAUGAGAAUUUAAUGAACAAUAUUAAAUUUAAUAACUAAUCUUGUCAAUAAAAAAUGGUAUCUUUAUUAAAUUAACUUAUAACGUUACAACAAUAGGAUGAAUUCUAAGAAUUAAAAAGAUCCUUGAAAUUAUUGGAAAAAUCUGAUUUGAAAUGUUAUACUGAACAAGAAAGCAGAAAGAAUGAAAAAAAUAAGAAUGAUAAUUUUGAUAUAUAACUGAUUGAUAAUAAGAUAAUAUAACCAGAACCUUGUAGAGCUAUUUCAUUUAAUAAUUCUAAUUAAAUUAUGAUAUCCACAAGUAAUUCAAUAAUUAGAGUAUUCAGAUUUUCAAAUAGUAUAAUUGAAGAAAUAUGCUAAUUGGAUGGGCAUUCUAUGAAUGUUUACGUAUUAAUAUUUAGUAAGCUUUCUAAUUCUUUUAUAUCUGGUUCAGCUGAUUCUUCAAUUCGAUGUUGGUAAUAAACAGAACCUACUUAAUGGAAAUCUUCAAAACCUUAUAAAUAACAUUCUGGAUUUAUAUAAUGUGCUAUUAUAAACUAAAAAGAAAAUCUAUUAUUUUCAGCAGGAGAAGACAAAAUAAUUUACAUUUGGAAGUUGAAUUUAAUCAAAAAUUAUUUGGAAUAUUAGAAUUAAUUAAUAUAACAUUAAGGAAAAAUAGAUGCAUUAAGUUUAAAUCAAUCUGAAACAUUUUUGGUUUCUUGUGGUUACGACAAAAGAAUUAUUAUUUGGAAAAAAGAAGGGAAUGAUUGGAUUUUUAAUCAUAUUGUUAAAUAAUCUAUUUAUGAGAAUGGAUAUAGAGUUAAAUUUUUGAGAGAUGAAUUAUUUUUGUGGGUUGCAACUAACUCUUUUGUUUAUUUUUUUGAACUUAAUAAAGGAGUGUUUUAAGAAAAAAAAGAUUAAGCAAUAGAAUUGUAAAAAAAUCAUCUAUUUGACGCAUUCCUAUUUCCUAUUCUACAUAAUCCAAAUUAAAAUUUAAUCAUAAUUAGGCAUAAAAAUUUCAUAUACAUUAUUAGAGAGACCUAGGACAAUAAGUUCCAAAUAGUAAAAUCUAUUAGUUGUCAAUGGAAUAGAGUUUAAGGUACGAUUACUAAUGAUGGAUAAUUUUUAGUUUUUUGGGAUUGUAAAGAAGUUAAGAAAAAUGAAAGUUCUAAUGGAAGUUAUUUUGUGUAUAGACUUUCUGUAAAUUGA